UAUCGUAAUUCACGUCAUCUUGCUAUAUACUCGUUUGCACCUUGAAGGUGUUAAUUAAUAAGACAACUGUAAGAAACUAAGUCCUAACCAACUCAAUCUAUAAUCUACAAAAUGUUGGUCAACUGACGUUAGCGAAAAGAUGGCGAGAAUUAAUCGAAAAUUGACUGCAAGCAUGCAGCCACAGGCAGAAGACAGCAUCAACAGCAAGACGUGACGAUACAAGACGCCAUCUAUCAUAGGUAUGAUUAUUUAUGCACAUGACACCUCUCACGUGAGAAAGACGAACAUGCAGAUUUGAACGACGACAGCAUGUCCACGUGUCUUCCACGUUCCUAGCCAACCUCCAGAUACGAGCGAUUUUGAUGUAUCGCCUAGCCCACUACCGUGUGGAUCCACCCGAUCGUUACCAUGAAAAGAGUAAGCUGUCAAAAGGUGGUACUAACAGCGGUCACGCAAUUGCCAGUCGAUCGUCACACUUCGCAAUCGCUGCUCAUUCAGACCCAUCGCAUUGCAGCGUGCAGAGACGAGCAGACACCAACAGCAUCAUCUCGUCAGUUCGAGCACUGUGAGCUAAGAUCCAGUCUUCACGAUGAGCUUCCUUGGAGCAGACUACGACGAUGGACACCCGUUCGAGGACAAUGCUUUUGGUAUCGACUGCUCGGCGAACGCAACUGCUACCAUGAACGUUCCUAUGCACGUCCGCGUGUUGGGUACAACGGUUUUCGUCCUCGCAUGGCCAUUUAUUGUAUUCGAUAUUGCCCCUAUUCCCAUCGGUAGGCCGACAGCCGCUAUGGCGGGUGGCAUGUUCAUGGUCAUUUGUCGAGUCUUCACACAAGAUCAAGUCUAUGAGAUCAUCGGCGAGCGAGACAACCUGCAGACGCUCUAUCUCCUCAUAGGUAUGAUGAUACUGUCCUACUUCUUCGAACGGGAAGGCAUUCUGCAGGCACUGCUCAUCAAAUCGUUCAAAUCAGAUCAACCGUUUACGAAGAUUCUGUGGAAGGUCUGUGUCAUGUCGGGUGUCCUGUCAGCUUUUGUCACAAAUGAUGCGGCAUGUGUCAUUCUGACACCUCUCCUACUUGAAGAGCAUCGAAAACAAGGUCGAUCACACAAAGAGCUCCUUCCAUUCUGUUUGGCCAUUGCUACUUCAGCCAACAUCGGAAGUGCGGCCACGGUGUUUGGCAAUCCGCAGAACGCCUACAUAGCAUCUAAAGCUCACGUGAAUCUAUCGACCUUCUUUAGAGCCAUCCUUCCUGCAGCAACAGUAGGGGUGGCCAUCAAUAUUGGUCUUCUCUAUAUCUUGUCUUGGAGAAUAGGUCUGCUUGGUAAACAGGAAACAUACGACUCGGUCGAAGGAUAUAACGACGACGGACGAUCAGAAAAACAGAAUGGAGACAUCGACGCAGCAAUAGAAGGAAAUCGUUCGCGCCAAGCAUCACACGUGUUGUCCAACAGUAUCCCGAUGGUCCAAUCGGGACAACACUAUGACACCCCUCAACAACGCGCGCGUCACGAGACUGACCCACUUCUUCGCUCCCGUAGAGAGGCAGAAGUCGAAUUGAGCGGCCGUGCGUACCUACCGUGGACACCCAAACGCAAAAUCUUAGCCGGAUGGCUUGCGUUCGUCAGCCUCGCUGUCGUCUGUCUGCUCGCCGUGCCCGAACACGUUGCCUACUUCAACUUGGGUCUCAUACCUAUGGGAGCCGCCAUCAGCAGCAUGAUGGUAGAUGCCGUUCUCAACAAAAUCAACCCCAAUAUCGCCAUCAUGGCAACCGAUUGGACCGUCAUCGUCAUGUUUAUGGGUCUCUUCGCUUGGGAUGGAGGUUUUGAGGUUACCGGCUACCCAAGGAAGUUGUUUGACGACGGAAAACACUUGAUGGACGUCCGCACCAUUAGUGGAAUCGCCAUGUUUAGUAUCUUCGUGACGAUCGGAUCUAACGUUCUCAGCAACGUCCCACUUGUUAUUCUCCUGAUCACCAAGCUAUCCUGCCUUCCUGGGACUGACGCUUCAACAGGCAGUCUACCAUUGGAAGGAUGCCUACUCGCUUGGGUAUCUACCGUUGCAGGAAAUCUCACUCUUAUAGGUAGCGUAGCCAACCUAAUUGUGGCAGAGAAAGCUAAGAGCACGAUUGGCUACAGACUGGGAUUUUGGGAUUAUUUGAAGUUUGGUCUGCCAUCAACCAUACUGAUUACAAUCAUCGGACUACCUAUUGUAGCGUUUCUCGCUUGAAUGUGGACAAGGAAUUUAGUUAUUAUUCUCUAUAGUAUACGUCUGUUUGACAAGUGUUUCUUGCUUCAGCGUUGGACAACUCUCGUUAGUUCUGUAUUUUUGUACGUAUGUGUGAGAACAUUAAUUUAUUUUGCCACAGCCACGAAUUUUCAAAUUGAAGUGUCAUGAGAAUGAAUGGCUUCGCUACUAGAGUGACUCUCAAGAUACUUGAUAAUUGGACAUUCUAACUUGAUAAAUUACAUUACCU